UCCCUCGUUAUUUCCCCCAUUCUCGAUCUCGUUAUCUUAACCGCCUCCACUCGCCUCCAUUCUUCGCCACCUUCACUCUUAUUCCGUGCAAUUAGGGUUUCAACCGUCAUUUCUGUCUUUUUUUCCGAGAAUCGACGCUGGUUAUAUUGAAAGAUUCGAUUUUAGGGUUUUUAUAUUGAAUGUUGAUAUGAGGUUGGUGUUUCUUUUUUAUUCGGAGGGUUUUUUAUUGUUUCCGGUUUGAUUUGCUUUUGAGUUCCCGUAGUUGUGCUCCGGUGAUGCCGCGAAGUUCAAGACACAAAUCCAGCAAGCAUAGUUCCAGGGAUGCUAGGGACUACUCGGAUACGGAGAGAGAUUCGGGCUUAAAGGAGGAGAAAAAAACUAAGGAGGAGAACAAGCCUGGAUCCGGUGAGAAGAGAAAGCAGGACUCCAAGGAUACCGGCAAAGACCUAUGGAUUUCGGGGAAUGCAGAUUAUAUGGAGGAGCACAGUUCCUCAAAGCGCCGUAGAGAGAAGGUGGAUGAUGGAGCAAGUGACCGAUGGAAUGGAGGUGAAGAUGAUGGUAAAGGCGAUAAGAAGUCCAGGACUUCUAGUGAAUCGAAGAGUAAAAGACGAGAGGAUGCAGAAGGAGAUGAUACAAAGAGGAGUAGAAGUGAGGGGAGGCAUCGAGAAUCUAGUAGAAAGGAGGAAAGGGAGAGAGAAAAGAAAGUUAAAGAAGAAAAGAGUGAUAGGUCGAUUGAGAGCGAGGAACACCGCCCUGUGAGACAAUCCGCUGAAAGAACUGAUCCAGAUGUACUAGAUCGGUUGAAAAGUCCUGAAUCAGAGAGCCAGUUUGAUAGACGACUUAGGAUAAGGACGGAUGCUUCUGGUGAUGGGGAUAAGUGUCUGGAAGAUAAAGGAGAUAACUUGGACGGACAGUUGUCUGUAAGCAAUGGUACUGGCAAAGGUGGCAGAGUGAAAGAUGAGAAGCAUAAGGAUGAAAGAUACAAGGACAAAUAUCAAGAAGACAUAGACUGUGAAGACAAAUGGCAAGGUGAUAAGUUGAGAGAUGAUCGAUCAGUAAGUGAACAUGGUAAUUGUAAGUCUAGUGAGAAGCAUUUAAGUGAUGGAAAAGAUGAUGUGAAAGGUCAGCAGAAGAAGUCCAAGGCUCAAGAUAGUGACUUUGAGUAUGAUCGUGACCAUGAUAGAGAGUGUGAUCGUGACCAUGAUAGAGACUGUGAUCGUGAGCAUUAUAGAGAGCGAGACAUGGGACACGAGCGUGAACGUUAUCGUGACCAUUAUCGAGAACGUGACCGCAACCGUGAUCGUGAUUAUGAUUCUCAAUGGGACCGAGAUCUUGAUCGAGAUCGAGAACGUGAUCGUCGUUACAGUGAUCGGGACAAGGAUAGAGAUUGUGACUGGGAUGAGUUACAUGAUGAACGGAGGAGUGCUAGAUACAAAGAUAGUAAGGGAAGGAAGCGAUCUCCUAAUGAUCGAGAUGAUGGUACUGAUACAAAAUCUAGAGGGGCCAAGGUACACUAUUCAGACAUGGAAAAUAAAUUGACUUCUGGUAGAGUUGAGGUUGAUGCUGAUAGGGGAAGGUCUCAGUCACGUCCAGCCAAUUUAGAUGCAGUUAUGGUUAGCAGCAGAAGGAGGUCUUCUCCCAGCUCAAGUUCCCACGGUGGGACUGAUGAGUAUAGUGAUUUAUUGAGAAUAAUAAAGUUAUUUUCUCUUUCAGACAUUUGAAACAAGAU